GGCCCCCUGUUGGUCGGGCAUAUAUGUCCUUAUAUGUAUGCAUGUGUUCUUCCCUGACCCUCCACCAUCUCUUCCUCCUCACGCUCGCUCCUUCCCUGCCGCGGACUCCAUGGGGAGCGCAAGCAAGCUCCGCCUCUGGUGCUCGGCGUUCGCCUGCGCGCUGGCGUUCCUCGGGGCGCACGGGGACGACGACCAUCUCGUCGACAUUACCUACGUCGAGAGCGCCGUGGCCAAGGGAGCAGUGUGCCUGGACGGGAGCCCCCCGGCGUACCAUCUCGCCCCGGGCUCCGGCUCCGGGGUGAACAGCUGGUUGGUUCAUUUCGAGGGAGGGGCGUGGUGCAACAACGCGGCGACAUGCCUGCAGCGGUCGCGCACCCCGUUGGGGUCGUCCAAGGAGAUGGCCAGGCGGGUUGCUUUCACCGGGAUCCUGAGCAACGCGUCGGAUUACAACCCUGACUUCUACAACUGGAAUAGGGUCAAGGUUCGGUACUGCGACGGCUCGUCUUUCACCGGCGACAAGGAAGAAGUUGAUCCUAGUACACAGCUACACUACAGAGGUGCGAGGGUGUGGCAAGCAGUUGUAGAAGAUCUGCUCGCCAAAGGAAUGAACACAGCUGAACAUGCUCUGAUUUCAGGAUGUUCUGCUGGUGGGCUAACUUCGAUACUGCACUGCGACAGAUUUCAUCAGCUCCUGCCAGUGGAUGCCAAUGUUAAAUGCCUUUCAGAUGCCGGUUUCUUCAUCAACGUGAAGGACAUUACCGGAGCCAACCACGUUGAGGCAUUUUUCAGUGAUGUGGGUACAACACAUGGCUCGGCAAAGAAUUUACCAUCUUCGUGCACUUCCAAGUUGCCUGCAGGCGUGUGCUUUUUUCCUCAGAACGAGGUGCAGCAGAUCCAGACGCCCCUGUUCAUCCUAAAUGCAGCAUACGACUCAUGGCAGGUACGGCACAUCCUGGUGCCCGAGGGCUCCGAUCCCGAAUGGCGAAGUUGCAGGGACGACAUAACCCAGUGCUCCGCGAAGCAGCUCGAGACGCUGCAGGGGUUCAGGGACGAUUUCCUGGCGGCGCUGGGGGCGAGCGCGUCCAGCGGAUCCAGAGGGCUGUUCGUCAACUCGUGCUUCGCGCACUGCCAGUCCGAGACGCAGGACAUCUGGUUCGCGCCCGCUUCCCCGGCGCUCGGAGACAGAAGAAUAGCGGACGCGGUUGGGGACUGGUUCUACGGCCGCAGCGGGUUCCAGAAGACGGACUGCCCCUACCCUUGUGACUCCACCUGCUACACUAAUUGAUGCACCACCACCACUAGUGUGCCUCGUCCGUCCGUGCUCGCAACAAACCAUUGGUUUUGGACUUUUGGUUCUAUUUAUACACUAGUAAGCUUGCACGUGCAACACACGUCUCGAAUGUUGACCAAAUAAGAUUCACACAUAUAUGCAAUUAAAAAAUAGCUUGCAAAAUCUUGCAUUAUGGGUCGGAGAGAGUAUGAGUUCAAUGGAUACACUAUAUUGUGAUGUCACUCAAGUUGUUUUUUUCAAAAGUGGGACAUCAUUGCGGUCCUCUUUCUGCAUAGAGACAAUAAUAUAUUUAAUCUAUUGAAUAUUCUAUAUGUUGAAAGAGAAUAAGAAAUCUAGUUAUGAUUGAAAAAAGCCUUGCAUUAUGCUUAGUACAUGGAGACAUAAUCCUACAUUUGGUCUUGAAUAUUAUGGUGUAAGCAAUUCAUAACUAAAAUUUGAGGAAAAGAAUAAGGGAUAGUAGAUCAACACAUACUUCUUAGAUGAGGUUGCUAACCAAAUGCUUAUGUAAAGUUGCAAAUGGCAUAGGCAUUGAUAGUGUAUUAUGAAAAUCCUGACACUCCAUCACAUGUUGCAAAUACUCAAAACACACCCGAAUGAGCACUAAAAUGGAAAGCAGAUAUCUCACAUAAAAAUAUCAACGGCAUUGAACCAAUAUUGUGAAGUACAAUCCUCUUAACACCAAAAGAUCAAAGGGACUUUUUUCACAAUCAAAGGAGCUCAGCUCUCUUCCUCAUGAUUACUGUCAGUUUGCAUCAAAAAGCAAGUUGAUCCGGAGCAGCAUUAUGCCACAGUCUCCGGUCACUAACCUGCAGGGGCAGCUUUGCACACAAAAAUCAGCCUCUAAGAAUAGAAGACACCGUAAGGGACAAAAGGCUUGGCUCGGCUCCUCAAUUUCACACAGGAGGCCCAUAAUGUCUGAUGUGUUCUCUUUUCAUUAGUUCCACAUCUCCAUCAGUACCUGACAAUCAUAUUGA